AUGGUGUACGAAGCUUUGCACGGAAAUCCCCUCUUCUUGCCUAGAUGCGAGAACUUGAUGCCCAUCAUGCUAUCCACAUUCUUCAUGAGCAAGUGGAAGAUGAAGUGUUGAAAAUGGGGAAAGAAACGGAAAUAGAUCAUGUGCUAGUAAGAAGAUCGCCCCUCAAAACUAUAAAGGACAUCAAGGUACCGUCUGGAGAAGAUCUGGCUCCACAGCCCAGGCCUCUUCUAGCAGACAUAGCCAUCGAUCUUCCUAAGAAACCAAAGACAAGAACACACGAACGGAACGGAGCAUCCGGUGGUGGAAGUUGCACCAAUUCGAAAGGGAACACCUCGAAGAGAAGGUACUGGAAGCCGGACUUCCAAAUCCCGAAGAGCCGAUCUAGCAGAUCUGGAGCAACGCUGCAAAGGCCAUUUUGCGAUGUGCAAAGGAAUCGCUGGGGAAAACUCGAGGUGGUUUCCGAGGGGACAGGGAAGCAUAUUUCUAGAUUUAGAUUUAUUAACAUGCGCGAGCACAUGUCAUUCAAAAAUGCAAUUCAAACAUAA